UUUCCUAAAAAUUAACCUGCCUCGGAAAUAUAUAUCAGGUUUAGUUAAGAAUGUCCAUCGAAGAUGUUUAUCAACGCAAUUGCAGCGCUAUUCAUCUUAUUGUUUGCUAUUGAUGGUCUUCCAACCGUUUCAAAUAUGGAUGGAUGUGGUGGGCAUGCUUACGGAUGCUGUGAAGGUUUCAUAUGGAAUACAGAGAAGAGGGAGUGUGUAAAAUGCCAAAAUGGAUAUUCAGGUGUAAAUUGUUCUGAAAUCUGUGAUUAUCCAAAUUAUGGGGAGGACUGUCAAAAUGAAUGUCACUGUACACAGGAUAUAUGUGAUCAUCGUAAAGGCUGCCAGAAGAAAUCCCAAGAUAUACCUGGUGACGAACAGCUGAGCGAGAAUGGCAAUCAAACCAAAAGUGUUACACAACCUUCAAAGACAUGGGAUAAAAAUAAAAUUAUAUCUCUAGGCGUUCUGAUAAUAUUUUUCAUCUGCAUUGCAUUAAUUGUUGGCUUUUUCCUUGUACGAGUUAAAAAACGAUGUACAAAAACGGAUUUAGAUCGAAUGUCUGGUGAAAAUAGAUUUGAAAGCCAUUACCAGGAAAUUCCGGAUCGAUCAGUUCUACGAAAUGAUGAAGAUGCAACUAAAAUACAAACAAUCGAAGAAAUGACUUUAAGGAUACCCGAUCCUCAGUUUUGGAAGUCUUAG